GUCGUGAGUCCCGCGGAAACGAAGAGAUGGCAGCUUGGCUUAGAAGAAAGAUUCGGGGAAUUUUACUUGAUAUAUCUGGCGUUCGUUACAACUCAGGCGAAGGAGGAGGAGAGGCUAUACCGGGAUCUGUUGAAGCCGUGGAAAAGUAAGCCUUACGUUAAGACUUAAGACUCCGGCUCACUGCGGCUCAGGCUCCAGGAAUUAACCACCAUCAUACUUAAGUUUGCUUUUUACGUUGAAAUCAAACGUACUGUUUUUCAUGUUUCAAGACGACCACCAAAAAAACAUGCAGCUCCAGCUUUAUAGUGAUAUGUAACUUCCAGUAACCAUAAUCGCCGCUGGAAAUCCUUGCUUUGGAAAUGUGGGGACAUCCGACGACUUUUAACCCAAUUUUACUAUGCUUUUUCAGUUCCUGCUAACAAAAUUUUUCAAACGCAAACUGUUUUCGUGUUUACAGAAAUAAAGUUGAUCCGAGAUCAACUAAUGGCCUAUCAGUGAAAAAAUGAGACCAUGGCAACUUUUCUUGACUUCAAGAACAAUAGCAGUUAUUUCUUGUGAAAGUACUAGACCCACAUGUGAAUUAAAUGACAUAACUCAUCUCCAUUCGUCUUACAACCUCAGGGUGGGGGGCAGGGGUUGAUUUUCAUGUAAUGGGUGGGAUGCUUGUUGUAGAAUUGAAGUAAAACCCCUUAAUGAAAACUGUCAGUGUGUGACUCAAACUUUAUAUAACCCUUUAAAGACCUCAUCAAACCUCCUCUAACAGCCACCCCUCCAAAAUGGCCACUUUUUUGGUGGACAGUCAACCUGCCACCUGCCACUUUCUUCUGUCCCGAAGGAGGGUCAAGUGUACCAUAUUAUAAAAGAGACAGCCAAAUAUAAGGUACUGUUUUUUUUUUCCUUUUUCAUGUGGGAUAAAAAUCAUGUUUUACUGAAUGCUUCUUCCCUCCCUGGGCUUUCUUUGUUUCUUCAUUUUGCCCUCUCCUUCCUCAUCUCCUCACACUCCUCCCUAAAAAUGAUACCCAUUGGGUAAAAGUACUCUUAAUCUGUUCCACCCACCCUAGCACAGGAAAAAAUAACAGAUUCCCAUUUAUGGAUAUUUUGAGGUAUUUAAAGAAUACCCACAAAAAUCCCAAAUUUGGAAGAGUGAGACAAGUCCCAAUCAGGGAACUUGGUUGGGAAUUCCCUGGUAGGGACUUGUCUCACGUUGCCAAAUAUGGGAUUUUUAUGGGUAUUCUCUAAAUACCCUAAAAUAUCCAAAAAGGGGAAUCUGUUAUUUUUUUCCUGUGUAGGAGAAUCUCCUAAUUCCUACCUCUAAAUGAGACAAUAAUCUCUCCUGCCCAUUUAUGGAAAUCUUCCGGGCUUAUUAAUAGGAGUACUCCCUGUCAUGUAUUAUUCCUUCCCAAGAAAUUUCUUAUGCAAACUAUUUUUAUCAUUGCUUUUUCCAACCAGGCUUAAAGCAGCUGGAUAUAAGAUACGAUUUUGCACAAAUGAGGAUCAGUGCUCAAGAGAACAGCUUGUCAACAAACUUAGCGGGUUUGGCUUCAAUCUUUCUUCAUCUGAAGUUUUUGCACCAGCUCCUAAUGCAAGGAAGAUACUUGAAGAACGCAAUCUACGCCCAUUCCUUUUGAUCCAUCCUGGUGGAAUUCCAGAGUUUGAAGGUUUGGAUUGUCAUGAUCCUAACUGUGUUGUGAUUGGUGCAGCUGAGGAACUUUUAACUUAUGAUAAUAUGAAUAAGGCCUUCAGAGUGCUGUUGAAUUCAAGUAAUCCUGUCCUUUUGGCAACAGGAUAUGGGUAAGGUUGUCUAAAUACUUUUUCAGUGUAGUGUGGAUCUGGAAGUGUAGUAGGGGAUCAAGACGGUCCAUCCUAUUUCUACCCUCUACAAUCUCCCUCUAAUUUCAAAUUCAAAGAUUGCGACUGCACACACCAGACCCUCUCUUACCCCAAAGUAAGCCUUCACUGCAGGCUAGCACAAGUGUAACGGACACACUAUACAAGCUCACAUUCACUACUUUCACUCCUUUAUUCCAGAAGACGUCCAUCCUCCCGAUGUGGGGUUUGGAGGGGUGGAAAAUGAAUGUAUGGGGGGUAAAAGAACAUGAAGUUGUUAAAUUUUUUCAAAAGUUCUUGAAUGUGUUUAUGUUGUUGUUAAAUUUUAUCCUUGGUUUAAAUAUUAUUAAUUUUUUACAAAUUUCUUUGUUUUGGGAUAUGGUAAUGAUAAUUGUUUUGAAACAAAGGAAAAAAUUUAAACAAAGGAUGAAAUUUAACCACAACAUGUAUAAAGGAUAAUACAUGUAGACAUGGGCAUCCAUGCAUCAGGAAUACCAAUUCCACUAUCCCUGUUAAUGUUUGCAGCAAGGGUGAAGUCUUAAGCUCUAGCCUAAUUCUGUUACCCUGCAGGAUAUUCACAGACUGACCAAACUGUGAGACAUGAUAACUCUUUAUUUAUUAAUGUAUCUUUCCCAAUGAAUAACCACAAUUUAUCUCUAAAUCUCAUCUCCUUCUGACUAAGCAUCACUUACAUGCCUUGUCAAGACAACCAGAUCGUACGAAUGGUUACCCUUUCCUUUCUUCUCUAGGCGUUAUUACAAAAAAGGCUCUAAUCUAAUACUGGAUGUGGGUCCCUACACAAAAGCCUUAGAAGUAAGCAUUUCUUUAUCAUCAUUGCUGUUUUAUUUCAUCAUUCCUGUGGAAUUGAUCACUUUAUUGUUUAAUUAACAGCUUUUCUGUUUCUCCAUAGUUUGCCUCUGAUGUGAAAGCUGAGAUUGUUGGCAAACCAUCAGCAAAGUUUUUUCUUACUGCAAUAGAGGACAUGCACAUCUCUCCUGAAGAUGUGAGUAUCAUUUUAAUAUUCAAAUGAUUUAGCUGGAUUUAGCAUUUUACUCAGUUUUAUCAUAGUAGUAGAGGAGACGGGUUAUGAAAGCUGACAAAGUUGAAAACAAUGGUCCUGUAGUUUAUGUUGGAAGCUCUCUGACUGUGCACAAUCCUUUUUUUUUGUUUACAAAUUGUGACUGAAUGAAUUAAUGCAACGUUUCUGUUGGUCAAUAAGUUGAAAAUAGGAAUUCUAUUGGUGCAUGGUCAGGUCCAGAGAAGCUAACAACAAAUUAACAAAGGAGUCUAAUGGGUUUAGUAACCAUUCAACUUUAUAACUAUGGUUUAAUCCAUGAUGCCCUGUCUAUUAGAAAACCUCUAUUACUUUCUGUGAUUUUUUUAUUCUAGUCACUUUCCUCAAAAUCAUUUUUCAAGGUGUGAAGCUCCAGCAUAGUGUCAGAGUCUUGCUUUCCUCUUUCAGACUCGCUUCAGACCUUUUGUUCAACAGUGUGCACGUACUUGUGAUUUUUUGUCUGACUGUUCACACAUACUUGGCUAUGGCUAUGUUUUGCAGUCUAUUUUUAUCCAAAACAUUUAAACUUCCUAUUUUCCUGUUUUUGUUUUUCCCCUUAGGCAGUAAUGAUUGGUGACGACAUCGUGUCAGAUGUUGGUGGGGCUCAGGCAUGUGGAAUCCGUGGAGUUCAAGUCAGGACUGGAAAAUUCAGGUACCAUCAUGGUUUUUUAUUCUCAGCUGCUGUGUAUAAAAAUAUUGGGAAGUAACCAAAGACCUAGCAAUUUCCAGAAGGCUUUUAUUUAUGAAUGGAGUUAAGCCCACAUUCAAUAAAUGAGGAAUAUGGUCUUUAGUAAAAUACUGGAAUUGAUCACACUUUAGUCCUGGUUACACACACACUGUAGGAAAAGCAAUUUCCCUGCAAUAGUCCUUUCAUGAUAUACUAGCCUUUUUUGUGGCGUUUCCCAGUGAAGCUCACACACCUUUGCUUCCUGCAGUUUACUUUGCCAACUCUGACUAAACUAGUGAGGCAAGUUGUUUCAAGCUAAACAAAAUAUUGAGAUUUGUAUUUAUGGUAACCUAAAUAACAAUGAGAAUUUACAUCAAACAAUUUUUUCAAACAAUGUGAGGGUUGUCCAAAGUACCAUUAGUGCCUCUCACAUGAGUUGAAAAACACACAAUUUGACUUUUAAAUUCAACUCCGUAGAACAUGAGUGAGUAAUGAACUGGGUCUGAGACUAGAGUUCAAUAUCUAUAAUUUUUUCUGAUCUUCUACUCUUUAGGCCACAAGAUGAACAUCACCCAACUGUAACACCAGAUGGAUAUGUGAAUGAUCUGGCAGAGGCAGUAGAACUUAUCCUCAAGCAUAACUAACCUUGUGCAGGCUGUGUGCACAUAGCAUUUCCAUUGGUUAAAGUACAAAUCAGUGAAUUUCUGACAAGAAGCUCCUUUAUUUAUCUCACUUUCAUUACAAAGUUAAAUGGACUGUUGUUGGCAGUUCAAAUACACUCUUUCUUCUCCUGAAAGUUCCAGACAACAUUUAUCACUUUGCACACUGAACUAGGGAAAAAUGAAGUGGAUCUAACUAAAGAAUCUGUCGGCAGUUCAAGUUAACAUUUGACAAGGGUCGAUACAAGCAAAUUCUACAUGCACACAGCUGUAAGAUAGUCAACGCGACAGUCACAUUUCAGAUAUCAGCAGGGUAGAUGGCUAGAUUAAAUAAUUUUGAAUUUACCCUUGGUUUUGAUGUUUGGACAUCAAAACACUCCCUAUACAUGGAUAACAUCAUGUACACACACACACUCUCUCUCUCUCUUUGUGCAGCUAUGUUCAAAUAUUACAGUCAUUUGCAUGCAACCUUAAGCAUAACAGUCUCUAGCACUUGAAC